UCUAGUGCAGACAAUGUUUGCCUAAUUCAUGAACGGGUCAGACGUCGACGAGGAGGGAGUUGACGAUAGUAGACUUACACGUGCAAGAUCAAGAAGGAUCCCGUACGUGUUCAGGACUCUAGACGAGGGAGAAGAAAGACGGCUUCGUGCCGAACGUAGAGCCCGUGCUCUCGUAGCAUCGAGAGAAGCAGCAAACCUUGCAGCUAGGGAGCAGGCUGCCGCAGCAGCCACAGCAACAGCAAUGGCUACCGCAGCAGCAACCUCUGCUGCAACUACGGUUGCGUCCUCGUCAGGAACCCAGUUGGGAAUGCCAACGGGGUCCCCGGGUAUCUCCACUUUACKAGGGUCUAGGCCGUCUACAAGUCAAAUGACGGGCGUGCAGUUCAGCCCGUUGACUCCUCGCGAGAGGGAGCUCAGGGAGCUUCAACAUGUCGAAAGGAUCCGUGAAAAAUUAGAGAGGGAACUGAAACAGGCUACUGACAGAGAAAAGGAGAUAAAAAAUAGAACAGCCAGGCUUGAUACUCUAGAGACUGACAAGGCGGAGUUGGAGGGCUUGGACGAUUCAGGAAUGAACGAGCCCAUGAAAGUGUUGAGGAACAACAUGCUGUCACUGCAUGCGCAUGUGGACAGCAGGUUGGACUUCAUGCAUAACACUUUAGACCAGAUCUUGGACGCUUUGAUAAGGCCAGGAUUCCAGCCACCAGCACAAUUGCCGUUACCGUUAACAGCGAUGUCAGGUCCCUUUGCCGUACAAGCUGGCACACAGCCAAGUGGUACGUCUGCAGCAGCAGCACAGACUGUUGCAUCUUCUUCUUUGGGUCCAGUGGUGAUAGCUACAUCACCACAACAACCUGUUCAGCAAUCUGGACAGCAACAAGGUCAAUGGUACCCCAAGACCCCAAUGAAACCGCCUCUUGCCUUCUCAGGCGAGAGAAAGGACGAGGAACUCAACAAAUGGUUGAGGACGGUCCCGGUUUGGGUGAAGGCCAAAAGGACCUUGCCAGAGGAUGAGGUGGUAAGUGCGGCAUCUUACCUAGAGGGUAAAGCAGCCAAGUGGCUAGAUGGUGUAGUUGUGAAGGCCGGGUACGGGCGACGCAUGGUGGAUUGGGCUAAGUCUUUGACCUUAGACCAAUUCAUGGAGAUGGUAGAAGCUCGAUGGCAUAACCCACAGGAGGUUGGGCUAAGAGGCUUGCUUGUGUAUGCUCUCGGAUUGCUUCGGAUUGCUUUGGCUAUGGCGGCUCUUGACAUGGAUAGCAUCCUAUACCCUGACCUCGUGGUAUCCCGGAGCGACAAGGAACCGGAAAGCUUGGCCUUCAUGUUUGGCAUGGCACAGCUGCGGGAGGAUGCUCUGCGUGAGUAUGAUGAGCUUGAGCAGUGGUACUUGGAAAUAGAGGUUUCACGGACGCAGUACUUCCAUCCCUUUACAGCAGUGAAUUCAGCGGCAGUGCGACCGAGAGAUUUUGGGGGCCUGGAUGAUGGCGAUGAGCGUGCUUCACUUUUGGAGUACAACCGGAAAGCUGUUGAUGCCUUUGUUCAGCAAGAUGUUGUGAAAGAAUUUGACUUCCGGCAGUACCUCUUUGCACGACAGGCGGAGUUAUUAUUUGCAGUCAACCGUCCAGCUGAGGUAGCAGAGCGUGGCAUAUCUUUCAUCCUGUCCUUUUCAAGACGGCUCGCAGCAUGUGAGAGGACACUGCCAUUCUGCCUCAAGGAGGUGUGGGUCUUCACAGCUUGCAAAGCAUUGGCCAAGGCCACAGCAGACCACUUUGUAGAGCGGUCCAUGUCCAUGCAGGCUGAGAAGGAGUUCUACCGACUGCAAGCUGAUCUCUAUUACCUCGCCAGGGCUAAGCUCAUGCGCCUGGGUGAUUUAGUUGGACAUGGCAAAGUGAUUGAGAGAAGCCCAUGUAACAGUGCGGCUCUGAGCAUGUCACAUUGGCCGAAGCCAGCAGUUUGGCCGUCCCUACCACCUAAUGCAGCAGCGAGGGUUCUGGAGAAAGAGGAGUCCUUGGACGAAGCAACCACAGAUAGGAAUGAAGGAAAUGUAAAGGCAGAGCUUCCACUUGCACCAGCAAAUCUGGUCCAUGAGGCAAACAGGCGCAGAGCAUCUGUAUCUAUAGGGAGCUCGGGAGAGAUUUCAAUGUCCAAUCGCAGUUUCUCCACUGGAAGUCCCCAAGGAGGUUAUCCAAGCUCUUCAGGCGGCUCUAGUAUCUGUGUGCGAUCAGCACCAAGCUCUCCGGGAGGAAGAGGAGAUGGAGGGUUGCUUGGCAGCCCAGUGUUUGCACGCUCAGGGGCAACAACUUCAGCGAACAGAAUACUGAAUCUGGCAGAAGUGCAAGUGGCUGCAGAAGCGGCUCUGCUCAAGAGCAUGUCAGAUGAAGGGCUGAGAAGGGCUCUGUCCUCAGCAGAGGGCUUUGAGGAAGCUUAUUUGGAAAUCACAGAAGCAGUUGCAGACAACUACCAUAGGUCAUCAAGGCGUCGACAUGGAGUGGUUUUGGAGGGUGAAGUUGCAGCUGUGCAUCUUCGCAGAGGGAAUCUUGACACUGCAGUGAAGCUGUAUGAAAAGCUCUGUGCUUUGUAUGCUGGCGAGCGCUGGCAUGAACUCUUGGUGAAUGUCCUCCCGUCUUUGUCCGAUUGUCAACGACAAUUGGGAGACGUUGCAGGUUAUCUUUCAUCCUGUGUGAAACUGUUGUCCCUGGACUCGGACCUGGUUCCCGAUGAGGAAAGGGUGCAUCUUCAGGAGGAGUUGGUGACAAUUGCUCGUUCCCACCUGAAGGAUCCGGUCUCAUUGGACAUGUCGGCCAUGCUGACUUUUGCAUCGAAAGGUGGGCCACCGCUGGAACUGAUCGAGGGAGACUCAGGGGCUCUGAGUGUAACAGUUUGGAGUGGGUUUCCUCAAGAGGUUGCCUUGGACUCUAUCAGUCUCACACUGGUCUCACUUAUGCAAGUCAUGGAGGAAGGAGCAAGGGUUGUCAAGGCUGUAUCGCCACCUGUGUUAAAGCCCGGGAAGAACAUGGUGGAGGUUGAAAUCACUCCUCAGAAGGCAGGAGCGUACAUGUUGGGGUCGUUGACGGGUGUUCUUGGUCGGCUGAGGCUUCGCUCCCAUGUAUAUUGCUCAACAAGUGCUGGUGGAUCAAAAGGAGGUCCUCCAGAAAGCGACGACUACCUAAGCGUAGAGCGCCCUGUUCGGCCAGCUCUGCAUGUAGCUGCUGCACGACCACUUGUGGAAAUUGAAUGUGUUUCAUCUACAGCUCUGUUAUUGGGACAGCCUCAGUGGCUUGGCCUUGUGGUCAGACCGCUGCAGUACUCUCUGAAAGGAGGUUUGCUUCAGAUAUCUGGUGGACCAGGAUUGUGCAUCCAGGAUCCACAGCUGGCUGAAAUUGAGCCAUUUGUACCAAUCCCACAGCCAGCUGCUGAUCUUAUGGAAAAUGGCGUUGUGGAGCAAUUUUGUCCAAGUCCUCACAGGAAACAUGACCCUACAUCUGAAGAUUCUCUACAGACAGUGGAAAUCCGGGAUGCAAGGUUUUCUCUGCCACCUUGCAUGGAGAAUAGUGCGUGGAUCGUCUGGCUUCGAGUUGUGGCUGUGCGCGAGAAAGAUGAGAAAGGAGUGCCUUUUUCAUCAUAUUUGAAUACGCCAUCAACUCCUCGAUCACCGCCCCCAGAGCUUACUCCUGCGGGGAUGAUUGGCCCAAUAGAUGUGCCGACAGCAUUGCAAUAUGGCUGGGGAGCUAAGUGGGCAUCACAGGGCAGUCAGGUGGACAGAGCUGCCAGUGAGCCGCAAGGGAUGGAUGCUAUGCGAGUAGUGAAUGUCGCAUUAGAGUACGGUGCCGGGCGAAGCCGUCGUUAUGAGAGGCCUCUUCUUGUUCAAUUCACAGAGCCCCUUCAUGUAUCAACAAGGAUUGUCAGCAAAGGCUGUGAUGGCACAAUUAUGCUUCAGAUGAGAUUGAAGUCCCUGUUGAGUGCAUCUGUUAUCAUCAAGGAUGUGAAGCUGGAUUUGCAGCCUGGGUUUGCACAUGCACCGUGGAUGGAGGGUGGAGACACUAUGUGGCUUGUUCCUUUUACGAUUUCAAGCUUGGCGGAGUCGGCCCUCUUGUUUACCUUGAGGCCAACCACUUGCGAUGAAGAUCAGUUUGACCAAACCCCCAGAAGCGUCACAACAAAGCUUGUGGGGCAGUUCGGCCCCUCUAGUCCAAACUCACCUGCAGUGACUUCCACAGGUGGCGGCCAGCAGCUAGAAAGUCAGUUUCAGUCAAAUUUAGUUCCUUUGCUGCUUGAUAGGAAGGUCCCGGAAGUCCUCUCGCCGCGAAGUGAGCAGUAUGAUUCUGACAGCAGUGUGAAGGUUAUCCAUGGGGUGGAGAAUGCGUCGGGUCUCUUUGGACCAGGUGUUAACGGUGACGAUGAGAAUGAUGGUGACGAAGAUGAAGAUGAAAACAGUGAUGAGGGCACUGGGAGAAAACAGGGAGGAAACAGUUAUGCUGUGGACGGGCAGCGAGGUAACAUUUCUGGGCAUGUUGUCACCGAGAAGAAGCCUAUCUGGCGGAGAAUAUUUUCAGACAGUGCAAGGUUUGUGAGGCGGAGGAGUAAGGACUUGGAGGAUGGGGUUGUUGACAACAGCAGAAAGUGCCAAGAUAGCAAGACGUCAAAGUCUGGUGAUGACGAGGCCACAGGUAAUGAUGUUGGGGACGGAAAUGAUGCAGAGAAGUUCAUUGAAGAGGAUACUGUAACUGACCGGUGCCCAGAAGAUGUGGGGGAAAACAAUGGCGAUGGCAACCAAGAGAGCGUUCCUGUGAGGGUGAGCAACAGUCUUUCAGUUCCAUCUAGAAUAAAGAAGAAAAGAAAGAAGAAGAAGACGAAGAGGAAGAGGAAGGCCACAAGAUUGGAUGUUGGGAGGAUGGACAGGAGAAGCAUUCUCAGAAUAGAGUACAAGGUAGCAGGGGACAGGAGAAGGGGCGCACAUGCACCGGUUGGAAGUCUAAGCUCGAUGGAAUCAGAGGAGGUUUCAAGCAGUGGCGAUGAGGAAGACGACGUGGAGGACGAGGAGAAAGAAAUGGUGGUGGAGGAGGAGGAGGAGACCGAUGCACUUCAUGGACAAUUGAAUGAUGAAGGCUUAUGCGUCUUCACACAGCCGUUCUUGUUGCAGAAGCCUGUGCUGCACCGGCAGUUCGCAGUUGGCUGGCAUCCAUUGCCAGAGCAGCCGCCUCGCGUCGGGCGGCCGUUCAUCUUAAAGUGGAGAAUAGAGAGAUUGGUAGAUUGUGAGGGGGCAGAGGGGGAGAGUUGUCAAUGGGGUGGUGAAAGGAGGGAGGUCACAGAAUGUGAUAGACGGCAGCAGCUUGAUGUCUUAGGAGAUCCAGAAGAACUGCAUUAUGAGGUGACUGUAAAUGAUGAGAACUGGAUUCUUGUUGGGAGAAAGAAAGGUAGGAUUUACCUUCCGAGACAGAGACAUGCACAGGCUACAGUGACAGUUGCAAGUAUACCCAUCACCACGGGUCACCUCCGCCCCCCUUCGUUACACCUGCUGCAUAUUCCGAAAGCUCACAUAUCUCAUUCUCCUGCUGGGCCUCAUCUGGUAUGUGUCUUGCCCCCACCUACCUGCUAUUCCUUCUGCACAUUGCAGCAGGUAUAACCAGGUCCAAACCCUUAUUCUAAAUCAUUUCUGAAUUUUAUGCUCUAUCAAUACUGAAAUUCUCUUCAAAGAGGCUGGACAGCUCUCUCUCUCUCUCUCUCUCUCUCUCUCUCUCUCUCUCUCUCUCUCUCUCUCUCUCUCUCUCUCUCUCUCUCUCUCUCUCUCUUCCCCCCACAGACACAGACACACUCUAUGCUUCUUGUCUCUGUCCUGAUUUUGCAGUUUGAGCAGUCUGUUUGAUAUGGUUUGAAUAUUCUGAAUUAUGUGUGAAUCUAGUAGGCAAUUGCAUUUAGAUUUUCCUUUUGCAGAGAAGCAGGUUAUAAAUGUGUCGAAGUGGCAAGUGUUUAGUGGAGGGACCUUGUUGUAUCGGUGGCGAUACAGGGAGCUCUUCCCCCGAGUUCACCUGCAUGCGCUGUUGUGGAAUGGUCACAACAUUGGGUUGUGAUCAGACAGGAUAGGUUAAUGUCAAACCUGAUCCUUUCUUCAGGUUGUCCUUCCCUUUCUUUCCAUGUUUGUGUAUUUUUAAAGAAAUUGAGAAUCACUAGCAGUUACCAGUUUUUCGAUCCUUCUCUUCUUUUGAAUUUGUGUCAAACCUAAUCCUUUUUGUUUCAUUUGCCUACUUAUUGGCCUAUUAGUACUGACUUGGUGGCUACGAGCAGGGCUAGUCCCUGCAAGAGGGGCUCCGAGGAUGCUGUGUGGGGAGAGUGUGUGUGCAUACAGCAACCAUGCAAGGCUGGGGUGGAUAUCGUGCCCUGUACGGUUCUAUUGUUGAACACUGGGUCCCAAUUGUGGUGGUUAAGGUGUCUGGCUGUUUAGCCCGAGACCACUGGUUCG